AUGGCAUCCACUGUCGAACUCGCAUCCUCCUUCAUCGAGGGUGCCCCGCCUGGCGAGGUAUGCAACUCACCACCCCGCAGCCACUACCCCCAUUCGUGGCUAUCACCUCCAAGACUCGCUGACCCAGAUCUCUUUAGCUUGCGGAUGUCGUUGCCGGUAAUUGGCCUUCCUCUUGACCUGUUUUCCUCCCUACCCCGCCGCACUGUUUACCUUGCCUGUUCGCUUCGGUCACCCCGUGCUAAGCUCAAUGCCGCUACAGACGUGCAAGCCCUGACCUCCGAGGGCGAGAAUAUCAUCCCUUCGCUCGCCUCCGCCUUUGAACGAUACAAUGAGAGCCAGCUUACGACGGUGAAGCUGCCAGGAUCCAGUCAGGAGGUGGGCGAGUUUAACAAGCUGGAAGGCAACCGCUACUUUGACACGGAAAGCCAGACAUCGUUCGAGGUCGAUCAUACCACACAGACAGCAUCGGGGGCGCAAUCAUCACCCUUGGAGUCUCAGAAUGCCGACUUGAUUAAAUCGCUGCUCAAGUCGCUUGGCGUCCAUGCUCGUGAACAUUAUCCCAGCUGCUCGUACGGUGUUUACCCAAUCGAGAACGAUUCGACAGUCGCAAUCGUUCUGGUUGCAAACCGCUACUCGCCCAACAAUUUCUGGAACGGUCGUUUCCGUGCCAUCUACCAGGUUCCUGUCUCAUCUACGUCCACCACCGUCACUGGCAAGAUCCACGUGGACGUGCACUACUACGAGGACGGCAACGUGUCUCUGAACACCACCAAGCCCAUCAACGUCGCCGUCCCCUCCGUGUCAGCCGAGUCGAUCAUUUCCCGCAUUGCGACCGCGGAGCGCGAUUACCAGGAGGAUUUGAACCGGGCAUUUGUGCAGAUGGCCGAGGGCGCAUUCAAGAACCUGCGGCGACAGCUGCCCAUUACGCGGCAGAAGGUCGAGUGGGAAAAGGUCGGAGGUUAUCGUGGGAUAUUUAACCCGCGAUCCCUACCACACCGCAUCCAGCCACCUCCUCACUCUUCUAAAAUGAUUCACCAGUUCACCCGCUUCGUCAAUUGCACUGCCGGCCUGGACAAGACGCUACGUCUGUUCCAGGCCCUCGCACAGAUCGCCGCGGUUUUCAGCGUCGGAACUCUCGCCGUGCAGUUCACGACGGCCAAGCUUCAAUUGGCAUUGACGCGCCGGUUCCUUCGGCUCUUUGGUUUCAUACCCUCAUUCCAGCGCGUGGCCGCGCUCCUUAGUGAAGAUGGUGUCGGCUCGAUGCCCAUAUGGCUCGAGAUGGCCAAAUGUACGUCCUUUGGUUUAUAUAUUGUGCUGGAGGAUUUGACGAUUCUCCAUGCAACGGGUGUCCAUCCAGUGCCCUGGAAUAAUCGUAUUCUGCGCGAAGCGUUCCAGUUCUGGUUCUAUGCUCUGGCCCUGUCUGUUGCAAGAAGUUCUUGGUGCCUCUUGUUUACAUCUUCCAAGCCUGCAGAGACAACUAGGCCCGCUAAGGACCAGAAACAGCAGAAAGAUGAGGAUGAGAAGAAGAAGAAGAAGAAGCCAUGUGCUUCGGCUGCCGCGCCACUAAUGAAACAGCUCGUUGCUGAUAGCUGCGAUCUGUUGUUGCCGGGGUCACUCCUUGGCUGGAUUCCCGUGGGUGACCUUGCCGUCGGUGUGAGCACCGUGGUGAGCACAUUGAUCACCGGCCAGCAGGUUUGGGUUGCGCAGAACCAGUAA